CCUGUACAGCAUAUUGACAUUAUUUUCUACUAUCUUCGUAAGAAAAUAAUGUACUCAGCCGAGCCAAAAAUCAAAGUCACCACAACUGAUUGCCUUUUUUGUUCUAGCAUAACAAGUUUGUAUGAGAAGUUUGUUGAGAAAAACAACGAUAUAUCGGUGUUGUCUCUUUCUCACAAUGUGGCCCAGUACAUCCAAGGUGGUAAGAUAUUAUGUGUCACUCCUUCGAAUUUGGUUGAUCAUGUUGUUAUGCCUAUCAAUGUAAAAUUACAGGAUCAUUGGAUUUGUGGUCGUCUAAACAUAGUUGACAGGCGGAUAUAUCUGUACAAUUCAUUGCGUUCUGGAAGGUAUAUGACAGCUGCAAAAGAGGCUUGCAAGCUUUUUUCUAUUAUUUUACCAUAUUAUUUCUCUAUGUUAGACUUCAAAGGCCUUCGCAACGAAGUUAAGUUUAGCACGAUAGAACCGUUUCCUAUUGUUGCUGUUGAUGGUUUACCCGAGCAGGUCACAGCUGAUUGUGGUGUUUUUGUAGCAUCAUUUGCUGAGUAUUUCAUUGAUGGCAAACCCAUCCCAUCCUCUGGUUUUGAUGUGGAAAUUCACCGCGAUCGUUUGGCUGUGUUAUUUUAUCAUUAUGGCAUGAAGAAGCAACUUGAGAACAUUGAAAGUGAAUCUGAGGCCCCUCCCGGCCUUCCCAAGAAGUGAUUUGUUUUUUCAAUCAGACUGUCAUUGUUCUUAUGGUUUUUUAAUGUUGUUUUUAUAAUUUUUAUGUUAUUUUCAAAAAUAAACAUUGGUGUUCUGUUAUGUUUUCUUACGUUUUGUGUGGACAAUAUGUAAUUUUUAUUUUUGUAUGUUUUUUUUUUCCUUCUUCUUAUGUACAAACAAGUUGUUAUGUU